AACCUCUUGUCGUCUCUUAGGUGGAUUGUGACUUUAGUUCUGUACACCAACCAUAAGGGACAAUUUGACUGUCAAGGUGGCACAUAUCUGCAUAAUUACCUCGUAGUUCUUCUCGUUCUUUUGGCUGUCAUUAUUUUGACACUUUGUGCAAUCGUUUACAUCAGUGCUCAAGGAACCAUCAUGAAUCCCGGUCCUCGGCGCUCUAUGCCAGCUCUGGUGUAUCUGCGGGCCCUCCUGUACUUCCCUGAGUUCAUAUGGGCCUGUCUGGGGGCCGUUUGGGUGUCUGACAACAGCACCGGGUGUAAGCCGGCGGAGGUCGGGGCUGUGAUUGGAGCUGUGGUUUCCAGCUGGAUCAUCCUCCUGUCUAUGGUGGUGGGUGUGCUGGUUGUGUUCGAUCCUCUGGGCAGUCAGAGGCCGGGGGUUCUGCCAGACGCUCCGCUGGGCGUGAGGGAUCUGGAGAGCAGCGAGUCGUCUCAGCUCUUUUACACGGCGCACACGGUGGCGUCGCGGGUGUGGGAGAGCCGUCUGCGUCUGCUGUGCUGCUGCCUGCCGCAGGACGACAACCACCGCGCCGCCUUCUCCAGCAUCGGCCAGCUCGUCAGCGGCUUCUUCCUGGUCCGUUGUGCAUUAAUCUACGAGAUCCCGUUUUACGUGGCGCUAGAUCACAAGAGAGAGGCGGUCCUGGUCGCUGUGAGGGGAACGCUGUCGCUGAAGGAUGUGUUGACGGAUCUCUCGGCUGAAUGUGAGAAUCUGUCGGUCGAAGGCGUUUCAGGAACCUGCUACGCUCACAAGGGCAUUUGUCAAGCUGCACGUUACAUCUACAAGAGACUAGUGAACGAUGGGAUUCUGAGUCAGGGGUUCAACAUCGCACCUGAGUAUAAGCUGGUGAUCACCGGUCACAGUCUGGGAGCAGGAGCGGCGUCUCUGCUGGCCGUUCUCCUGCGCAGCACACAUCCCACACUCGAGUGCUACGCCUUCUCUCCACCAGGGGGCCUGAUGAGUAAAGCGCUGGCCGAUUACUCGAAGCAGUUUGUCGUGUCGGUGGUGCUGGGAAAAGAUCUCGUACCCAGAUUGAGCAUCCCUAACAUGGAAGACUUGAAAAGAAGAUUACUAAAAAUGGUUUCUAACUGCAGUAAGCCAAAGUAUAAGAUCCUAAUGCACGGCUGCUGGUACGAGCUGUUUGGAGGAACUCCUGAUGAUUUCCCUACGGAGCUGGAGAACCGGCGGGAGGAGGCGCUUAGCCAGCCGCUGCUAGGCGAGGAGAGUCUGUUAGUUCAGCGCUCAAACACCUACCAGAGCCUGUCAUCCGACGACUCUCCCUCCCACCCCACACACCUGCCCCUGUACCCGCCGGGACGCAUCCUGCACAUCACCGAGGACGGGCCCGCUCGCAGACACUGCUUCUCUCAGGUGAGGUACCGUGCCGAGUGGUCGAGUGAGACAUCGUUCCGUAAUGUUCUGAUCAGCCCGCGGAUGAUCGCCGAUCACAUGCCUGAUGUGGUUCUGCACGCACUGCGCAGUCUGACCCGCGAACAGCCGUUUGCUCUCUGCCCGUCCUCCAUGAGCAACAGCCACCUGAACGUCAUCUGAGCUUCACAAAACACUGUCGGGAGCAAGAUUUACUGGACUCCUCAUUUUAGUUUGCGCAUUUAUACUCCCAUUAGUGUGC